GAAGUUACCUGGCGGAAGUGAAAAAAGAAAGGCGGAAGUAUUGUUGUCUUUCCUCGCGUGUGGCCCGAGCUGAGUGUGUGAGCUGUGGCAGUAACAAUGCCUUCAGUUCAGUAUCUGAGAGAGUUUAUCAACGAGCGACUAACUGCUGCUGCUGAACAAAUAUUCUUGGAGUUUGAAAAAACGAUCGUCCAGUACGAGGAAGAGAUCGACCGUCAGCGCAGACUGCUGGAUAUCACCUGGAAACCCCAAAUCAAGCUGCACAGAGUGGAACUUAGACAGAACUGUGACAUUAAGCAGGAGAGGAGCUCCAGUGUGGAGCAGGAGGAACCAGAACCUCCACAGAUUAAAGAGGAACAGGAGGAACUGUGCAGCAGUCAGGAGGGAGAGCAGCUGGGACUGAAGGAGGAGACUGAAGUUCAUAAUGAUCCUGUGCAGUACGAGGAAGAGAUCGACCGUCAGCGCAGACUGCUGGAUAUCACCUGGAAACCCCAAAUAAAGCUGCACAGGACAGACCUCAGACAGCAGCACAUCUGUAAGGAGGAGGAGGAGAAGGUUCUCCCUGAGCAGCAGCUCUGGAACCAGGAGAGGAGCUCCAGUGUGGACCAGGAGGAACCAGAACCUCCACAGAUUAAAGAGGAACAGGAGGAACUGUGCAGCAGUCAGGAGGGAGAGCAGCUGGGACUGAAGGAGGAGACGGAUACCUUUAUGGUGACUGCUGCUGAGGAAGGAGAGCACAGUGAACCAGGAGGAGACGAGGAGCAGCUCCUCUCUGAUGACUCUCCUCGAAGUGAAAGCACAGAUGAAGAAUGCAGCAAGUGUGAAGAGUCAGGGUUAAGUGAAACUGAGGAGCCGGUUCCAAAGAGACAAAAGAGAGACAGAAGUCAUGGUGUUGUAGAGAGCUCGCCUGUCUCAGAGAGUCUGUGUAAUGCUGCCACAGGUCGAAAGUCUGAUGCUUCUAAGAAUCAAUCCCAAGGAAAAAAACACCACACCAAUGUGAAUUCCCUUGUUUGCAAAAUAUGUGGGGAAAAAUUUAGUAGAACCUAUUUGGCUGUCCACAUGAGAAUUCACACAGGUGAGAAACCAUAUUCUUGUCAUACAUGUGGGAAACGUUUUAAUCAAAACAGCACUUUGCGUAGCCAUGUGAGAACCCACACAGGUGAAAAACCUUAUUCCUGUGAUACAUGCGGGAAAAGUUUCGGUCAGAGCGCUGCAUUGUAUAUCCAUAAGGCAGUUCACUCAGAAAGACUGUUUUCCUGUGAUAUAUGUGGAAAAAGUUUCAGUCAUAAAAACUAUUUGCCCAUUCACAUGACCACUCACACCGACGAGAAGCCGUAUGUUUGUGAAAUAUGUGGGAAAACAUUUGGUAACAGCUCCAGUUUUUACCUCCACAGGAAAACACAUCAAAGUAGGGAAUCAUUUUGUUGUGAUAUAUGCGGGAAAACAUACAUUGAAAAAAUGAGUUUGAAACUCCACAUGAGAACUCACACAGGUGAGAAGCUGCAUUCCUGUGAAAUAUGUGGGGCGAAAUUCCCUCGAUUGAGCUGUUUGAAAAGGCACAGGGAAAAGCACACGGGCGAAGGGCCGUAUUCUUGUGACAAAUGUGGGACGCGGUUCAAACGAAGCAAUCACUUUUUCCUCCACAAGAAAACGAAAAUAUGCGAGAAGCCGAGUUCCUCUGAAACAGGAGAAGAGUCCCAAACAAAUCAUUUGUCCACAUGAGAACUCGCACAGGUGACAAGUUGUAGUAGAAAUACUCGUGAACCGAAGCUUGAGGAACAAACGUGUCAUUUUUGAGGUUGGCGCUCAUAUUUAUGGGUUUUUGUCUCCAAACCUUUUUAUUCUGGAACUGUCAUGUGAUUCUGGUUUUGUAAUUUUUUUAAAAAUUGAAAGCGAGCUCGUGAGGAUGGGCAGGGGAAGGUGCUCUUCCUUCCCAGGUUGACAAAUCGUAUUGUUGUUAUUUUGUCAUUUUCUUUUGUUCAAAUGUGUGAACUUGAUUGAAAAAUAUGUUGGCAUAGUGUUUUGAUGUCAUGUUCCUGUUUGUGGUUUUAUGGACACGCUGGAGCUGAAAAUCAGUUUUAGUGUGUGAAGGUUUUCGUUUCUUCUCAUGUAUUUGUGUAUUUUGUGAUUUCAUCAGCCUUCAGAGGUGAUCCUAACAAACUGCCCCUGUGUAACCUGAUGUUGUAGAGCGUGCAGGGUAAAUAAAGUUUGUUUCUCUCA